UCUACUAUAAUCUAUUUUUAUAUUUUCUAUUUUUCUAUUUGUCUGUUUUGAGUUAAAAGAUAAACUUUUAUUUCCAUCUAGUGCCUUUAAUUUAUGAAUUUAUUGAGCAUCUAAUUGGGGAUAAUGUAGUUUGAGGUUUGUGAUGUGAAGAACAAUUAAAGUGAGCAAACAGCGUUAAAUUAAGCAGUUUGGGCCUAAUUCUCUGUAACUUCUACAGUAAUUUCUACUAACACAAAAUAACGAGCAGUUUUCUGCUAAAUGGAGUAGCCUAGACUUGAAUAGAUGUCAGUAUAACACAAGUAUGAACUGUUAGUGUUUUAUAAAUAUUUUAUAAUGCUAUGAAUGGUUAAAAAAAGUGGCAUAGAAUGUCUGCUGAUUACACAACCACCUGACAGUGGAAGUAGAUACAAGUAGGCCGGAGGACAGGAUUUGAAAUCAAAAUUAUUGCAACAACAGAAAUAAUUAAAAAGAUUGAAUGCACAUCAACAAAGAGAAGCAAAAGGUAAUGUACUCAGGGAUAAUCAGUUAAACAAAAACAGGAUGAGAAACAACUGGCUUCAUAAAUUUGAAGGGAAAAAUCUGGAAAAUGGAUCAAGGGUGAUGGCAAUUCAACAAAGUCAAGAACCAGGAUAACUGCACUGAGAUGCUUAAGCAAAUCAGUCGCCUGCAGCACAUCCUACAUCAUGUCUGUAUUUCACAGUCCAAUUGAAUCCUAGUUGGGGGAAGAGGCAUUCACGAAAGAGCUGACUUGGUGAUUCCAGGAGGCAGAAGGAAACACAGCAGGGUGAAAAGAAAUGUGAUGAGUCUUCCCAGACGCUGGGGACUGUUGCAGAGGAGAAGCAAAUAAUUUCUGCACACUCAUGGCAAACCGUAUGAAAUGCAUUUCUCUUGCUGUCCAUAUGGAAUCAAGGUUGUAAAUUCCAGCAAGGAGUAUUUAGAGUGGAGAGUAGGAAAAAAAAUCUGACUGUAAGUACCACAAAGCUCCAGUAUGGAUUGCCCAGGGAGGCUGAUGCAGCUCCAGUACUGCAUAUUUGUAGGUUUGACACCAUGUCAUGGAUGCCAUCAGGAUAGAGGGUGGAUUCCGUGCUUUUUUGAUGAUUCCACUGAAGAUUGUGAUGCAAUCGAAACACCAAUAUGAGUGAUCAAACUCAAAUAUAGAUUGGAGUAUGGUGCAGUACAUGGGCAUGUGUAGCUCUUGACUCCAGACUGGCAAGAGUUUGGCCUGAUACUUGUUUUAAGAGAAGAAACAACUGACCACAGACUGGGUACAAAGCUGGAGAGCCAAAACCACAGCAUGCACAGAGAAGAAGAAAGGCAUGGAGCAUUCUGAAAAUAUACAACUUUCUUGUUUUGAAACAGCGUGUGGAUACAGCAGAACAUCUUUCAUAGCCAUUCAUAUUUGUAAAGAUCAGCUCAUCCUAGCAACCAGUUCUAAAAAUGGAGUGCAGGCUCCCACAAACUUCAUCGUGUCACAUCCAGGAGGAAGUGAUUUUGUUACUCUGCAGGGACUUCUACUGUAUUCAUUACAGCCAACAAUAUCAAAGCAGUGUGCAGUAGUACGAGAUAACAUUUCUUUUCCCAUAACAUUUCCACAGAUAGGACAGUAUAACAUAGUAAUGUAUUCCCUGGGGAGAUUAAAAAACACCUCUUGGUAUUCUGGGGUUUUAACAUUUAAAAGCUCCACCGUUUUUGUAGGAUGUUGUAUCACUGAGAAAUGUGAGUAGCUGGAAGAGGUUUCUUUUUGCAUUAGUCUGCACUUCUCUCAUUUCCUUCUCUUCCUGCAUCUUUCUCAAUUUGACUUGCAUAACAUGAUUGACAUGUAUACAAUAUAUACCACAUGAAAAAAUAGGAGAAUAACAGCUUGUAUCACAGAAAGUGUGACAGUGUCUGGCACUCAAAUACCAGCAGAGGAACACCACACUGUGAGAGCUGAAUGUCCCUUCUCAGCUCUUCUUGGCCACAUCUUUGGGUGUGGCAAUUACAGGAAGAAUCAGUCUAUUUCAGGAGAGCAAACAUCAGCAUUAAUUAUGGUUGUGGGGAUAAUUUGUAAUGUUUCUUUGUUCUUUUGUUAAGUUUCCUUUCGUGAGACACAAGGGACUGAUACUUAUUGCACAACUUUUGAAUGCAGACAGUGGGUCUGUAUUUCAAUUUUCAUUCUUGUUGCAUUCUGAAUAGCUGUCAGAAUGAAAAUCAGCAUGCAGUGUGGAUUACAUACAUUCACAGACAGGAUGUACAAGAGGGACGAAAGGAGAAAGUGGGAAAAAGAGCAAAAUUCAGAUUAAAAAGGCUCUAAAGAUUCUGCAAAACUCCCUCAAAGCAGAAGUUUUUAAAGGAUCAGAAGAUGGAAGCAAAACAUGAACGUUAACCUAGAAAUAAGCACACUGGAUAUUGAAAUUGGACGUAAAGGAUAUACUUUAGGAAAACCGCUCGAGGUAAAACCAAGUUAGGGGCCCCCAUGCCCAGCUAAUUGCUGAAGUGGCCACAGCUGUGACACGGCCUGAGGGGAGCCCUGCACAGCCGGCUGUCUGCCUGAGGGAGAGAACUUGGACUGCACAGCUUGAGGGAAGACGGAUUUCAUAUCUAUACUUGAACAACGCCCAAAUUACACGAGUCUGCUCAGUGACUCCAGGGCAGCCUGGCCAUGGAUUUCCAUGAGGGAAUUGCGGCGGGCGGGAAGUGACGCGUUGUGAGGGAAGUGACGCCUGGGCGGCGGGAGCCCGGCGGAGCGGAGGGUGGCGGUGGCUGUGGCGGAGCGGGGCCGGUUCGCGGCCAUGAACAGCCGCCUGCAGGAGAUCCGGGAGCGGCAGAAGCUCCGCCGGCAGCUCCUGGCGCAGCAGCUAGGGGCCGAGAACGCGGACAGCAUCGGCGCCGUGCUCAACAGCAAGGAGGAGCAGCGGGAGAUCGCCGAGACCCGAGAGACGUGUCGGGCUGCUUAUGAUACUUCUGCACCAAACGCAAAACGUAAAUAUCCAGAUGAGGGAGAAGCGGAUGAGGAAGAGAUUGAAGAAUAUAAGGAUGAAGUAGAGCUGCAGCAAGAUGAAGAGAACCUGCCCUAUGAAGAAGAGAUUUACAAAGAUUCCAGUACCUUUCUUAAGGGCACUCAGAGCUUAAAUCCACACAACGAUUACUGCCAGCACUUUGUGGAUACAGGCCACAGACCUCAGAACUUCAUCAGAGAUGUUGGCUUAGCAGAUAGGUUUGAAGAAUAUCCAAAACUUAGAGAGCUCAUCAGAUUGAAGGAUGAGCUGAUAUCUAAAUCUAACACUCCUCCCAUGUAUUUACAAGCAGACUUGGAAGCAUUUGAUAUUAGGGAACUGAAGUCCAAAUUUGAUGUGAUUCUCCUGGAACCACCACUGGAAGAAUACUACCGGGAGACUGGCAUUACUGCCAAUGAAAAAUGCUGGACCUGGGAUGAUAUCAUGAAAUUGGAAAUUGAAGAAAUUGCAGCCCCAAGGUCAUUUGUGUUUCUGUGGUGCGGGUCAGGCGAGGGUCUGGAUCUCGGCCGAGUGUGUCUACGCAAAUGGGGUUACAGAAGAUGUGAGGACAUUUGCUGGAUUAAAACAAAUAAGAACAAUCCUGGAAAGACCAAGACUCUAGACCCUAAGGCUGUUUUCCAAAGAACCAAGGAGCACUGCCUCAUGGGCAUCAAGGGCACCGUGCGCCGCAGCACAGACGGGGACUUCAUCCACGCCAACGUCGACAUCGACCUCAUCAUCACUGAGGAGCCUGAAAUUGGCAACAUAGAAAAACCUGUGGAGAUUUUUCACAUUAUUGAGCAUUUCUGCCUUGGACGACGACGGCUUCACCUUUUUGGAAGGGACAGUACAAUCCGACCAGGUUGGCUGACAGUGGGACCCACCCUCACCAACAGCAACUUCAAUGCAGAGACAUAUUCCUCGUACUUCACGGCUCCCAACUCCCACCUGACGGGCUGCACCGAGGAGAUCGAGCGGCUGCGGCCCAAGUCGCCGCCGCCCAAGUCCAAGUCUGACCGGGGCGGGGGUGCUCCCAGGGGAGGAGGCCGAGGAGGGACCGCGGCCGGCCGGGGAGAGAGGGGCAGAGAGAGGAACAGAACGAACUUCCGGGGGGAGCGGGGGGGCUUCCGAGGGGGCCGAGGAGGGACCCACCGAGGGGGCUUCCCCACCCGCUGAGGAGGGAAUGGCUUCUUGCCCCAUCCUAUGCCCCAUCUCUGAAUCUCUUUCUUAGUCUUGUUUUUCCUGAAAUGAAUUCCUCUGGAAACUCAAGCCAGAUGACUUGUGAAAUUGGUUUUGGUGAAGCUGUUCUAGUCUUCCUGGGCUGGCACAGCCCCAGCCCUGGCUGGCAGCUCCUGCAAUGGCAGCACUGAACUCACAGCAGGGAGCACCAUCCCUUCACACACAAUGGGAAGGAGGGAAGGGAAGGUACUUGCUCUACUCUUAGGAAACUUGGGGUGGGGGCUUUCUUUUCAGCUGUCAUUUUCUCCAAAACACGGAUUCCUCUUCCUUAUUUGGAGGUUUGGGCUUGGACUGACCUGGAUUAAUAUUGUGGAAUGGGCAUGAAAUGCAGUUCUGACUUGCAGACUGUCUUAUGGAAGAAAAAAUACUGUGUCUGUAAGGACACCUAUUUUAACUUCUCUGAAACCAAGGAGCAAAUGGAAUAAAUAGAAUUCUAUUUUUUCUUA